AUAGUGCCAUGACAACUAUAGCCUAUGUAUUUUGUUUCAUUGAGUAACCAAGAAAAACUUUUGGCUUUGUUGAAGUGAUAAGAAUGGCGAAUGCAUCUCCGUCCUCUCCGACAAACCACCACUUUUUCCAGCCUCUUCUUAACGGAUUUAAGAGCUACCUCAAAAUUCCUGUGAAGUUCUUUUCCGAGCACAUCGAGGGAAAACACGAGGGCAAGACUGUAAAGUUGAGAUCAGAUGCGUCGGAGAGAACAUGGGAAGUGAAGAUGGAUGGCAAUAGGCUCACCCAAGGUUGGACAGAGUUCGUGGAGGCACAUGAUCUUCGAAUCGGUGACUUUGUUGUCUUUAGACAUGAAGGAGACAUGUUGUUCCAUGUCAUUGCUCUAGGAUCUAGUUGCUGUGAGAUCCAAUACUCACAGUCUAGCAGCCAUGAAGAAGGCGAAGAGAGUGAUGAUAUUGAAAAAACUGCAAGACCUGAGAAGGAAGUUGAGGAGAAUGUGCAAAAGGAAUCUGAUUGUUUUAGCAAAACCGUGCCGCGUUCAAGCAUAUCAAGCGAUAUGGUGACUCUGCCCAUAGAUUUCGCAAGACGAAACGGUUUUGACAAAGGAAUGCAUGAGAUAGUUUUGAUGAACGAACAAGGGAAGUCAUGGGAAUCGAAAGUAAAGAGUAAGAUAGCUGGUCAGGUUUUCAUUCAUGGAGGUUGGAAAGGUCUCUGCAGGGAAAAUAAAUUAAAAGUGGGAGAUUCUUGCACAUUUAAACUCCUGCAAAAUGCGGAAAGGCCUGUGUUCCAGCUCUGCAGCUGCACAGAGGUGAAGAGGAAGAAGAAAGUUCGGUUCGCAGAGGAUGACCAAACUGGAGAAAACCGGUUUGUGGAGUUAACUCCUACAGCUAACAGCCUUAAGAUUGGUAAACAGCGUCUAUCGUUAUAUUUUACUAGUGCCAAUAUGCUCAACAAGCUGGAAAAGAUCAUCCUGGUUGACAAAGACAAAGUCGAGUGGCUGAUGAAGCUUAAAGUUGAUAGAAGUGAUACAAGUGGAGCGGUGUUUAUUUGCGGUGGUAAUGAUUGGAAAGGUUUCUGCUCCGCAAAUGAAGUAGGCGCAGGGCAGUCACUAACUUUGGAGUUGAUCAGAGGAAGUGGAAGUCCAUUGCUCAAGUUCUGCUCCAAGAAGGAGCAACCACCAAACGAAGCAGAGGAUGGGAUCCGCAAGAAAGCUCGGGUCCAACAAAAUGGAAGCCUUGAAACAUGCAAGAGAGGACCAUCUCGAGCAUCUAAAAUGGGACCGGAGCUUGAGAUAAGGGACAAGACAGCUGAAAAAGGAGAACCAUCUCGAGCAUCCAGUGGUGACCAAGGAAAGUUACAGCAAAAGCAACCUUGCUCUGUCAUAGAUCAGGUGGCUAAGGUGAAAGAGAGCGUUGUAGAUACUUUGACUUGUAUCAGACGUUUUCUGGCAGAGCUCGAGCCAAUGGAACAGAAAUUAGAAGAUUCAUUGCAGGCUAUCAACAAAUUGGAGAGAGGAGAGGACAAUGGGAACAAGACAAGAUCUUCAAGUAAAUAAUCAGAUUUAAAAUGUGAAAACCUGAAAACUCUUGUAACCUCUGUUUUAUUUUGUUUGAAGAUGGAGUUAUUUUAUUUUUCUCUUUUUUGUUCUGAUGCAAUGGGUUAAUUAAUGUUUUAUAACGUUCUAUUCUUAGAGCGGACUAGUAUUUUGUAUUUAUGUUAUGAAGUUCGUCGACCACU